GAUAUACAUGGUAACUGUGUAAAAGGAGAGGCAUUAUACUAUAAAAGGUUAAGGGUCAUGACUGGUUCAGACAUUUGUGAAUUGUCAGUCUGACUAAUGUUGAAUGGGUUUUCCUCUCCUCUCCAUCUUUCUUUCCUUUGCCUCUCAUAGGAGCAUUUCUUGUAUCAUUGACUCCCUUCCACACAGACAGCAAUACACUUAAGACUUCAUAAAAUUCUAAUUCUAAUUUAAUUCUAAAUUCCUGAAGAUUCCUACCAGUCAGUGGUAAGGCUGCAUCGGUCUUUCACUCUGCAUAUCAAGGGACAAACCUCCUGCGUGUCAACUUGGGCUUCAGGGUGAAACUUUUCCAAGAACCUCCUCCUGUUUGCUUGUUGCCCAGAAAAGCUAAAAAGACUCGCACAGCCCACCCAAGAAUGUCAAAUUGUCGUGGAAAUUAGGCAACACUCGCAGACUCAUCCUCUGAAGAUAAACAUUCUGUAUUGAUCUCAGUGACAUGACAUGGCCUUCUUAGGUGUUAUCCUCAGAUGAACAUGAACAGAACAAGAACAAACUUAUUACAAAGUAAAAAUGAUGUUACAGGUCACAUAUAAACAGUCCAUUUGGCUGCUCCAGUCCAUGUCGUAAUGGACAAUAGUGCAUCUGAGGACUUUGCAGAACGUGAAGCAUCUGAACAUGAAGCGCCACAGAACAACUGGACAAAAGUAGAAAAAGCUGGAACGUGGGAAGCUGUGUCCAAUGAUGAAGAUGGCUUUCCUGCUGAUUAUUCUGUGGAUAUGGAUGACCCCGAAUGGGAUGUGAGCCUGGAGUUAGGAGAUAUGGAGCCUGAUGAGAGGGAGAAGAGUAACAUGGACAGCACUCGGAUGUUCAAGCUGAGAAGCGGCUUGGACCAGCUGGACCACUUUUACCAACAGAAGGAGCUUAAUGUGUUAAAGGCCAGGGAAGAACUGAAAGCCUGUCGUCUUCAUGUGACUGAGCUGGAAAAACAGAGAGACAACUUAGAAAAUGACAUAGAAAGGGAGAAGCAGGCAGAGAACAGCGCAGCCGUAUUCCGCCUACGUGCCCGCCACAAGUGUGUUUGUGCUGAACUUCAAUCAGAGGAGGAGCUGGAGGCUCAUCUAGCCAUGGUCCUGCAAGAGCAUGAACUGGAGCUUUGUGAAGUGGAGGUAGAACUUGGUCAGUACGUAGGCCUGCGUCAGGAGCUGGAGCAUGAGGAGAAGAAAUUUCAGGCCCUGAAACAGGAGAAGUACACUCAAAGACUACAAAGGGAGAAGAGCGUAGAGAAGGGAGCCAAACUGAAAGCACUGCGUGCCAAAAAUGAGCAGGAAAAGGCCUUGCAAGAGCAAGCCGAGCUUGACCUGAGGAAGCAGGAUCAGAUCCGGGCAUGCCAAAAGAAAGCAGCAGUCUUCCUUAAACAGACUCUCAAGAGAAUGCAUGAAAAAGAGGAAGAGAGAGAAAAGAUGAGGAAGGAGCUGAUGAAGAGGAGGAUGGAAGCCGCAGAAUCACUGAAGGCCAAUAUAGUGGCUAGUCAGGAAGCUGUGCGCGUGAGAAAGCUUAAGGAGAAAGCCUGCUUGCAGAAGCAGAAAGAGGAAGAAAAUAGUCGUAAACAGUUAUUGCAAGAAGCAGGAAUGAACAGCAUCAAGCUCAUGCACCUUCACAAAGCACAGGAGGACCUCCAACGAAAGCAGGAGGAAUUCCAAGCAAGGCAGAAAGCCAGACAGAUGGAGAUAGUCUCCAAACUGCUGCUGGAAGAAGAGCAAAAGGAGAGACUGAACAAACGGCAUGUGCUCCUCAUCCAUCCACCACCACGUGUGACUCAGAGUAUGGCGCUAAAGCGACGGGAACAAAGACUGCUGCAGAACUUACUGCCUCUAUCAGCGCAGUCAGAGACAGAGUUAAGUCAGGAUAGGCACCCAACCCGCCCUGUGUCAUCUCCUGCAAGCUCCAGAACUGACAUCAGCUCCUCUCUGGAUUCCAUGGAGAAACAGGGAAAGAGAACAAGUAUUGAGGCAGACUGGCUAAUGGAAGGAAAAAGAGACCAAGAGUGUCUUGUCCAGCCUGAGUUCACCGGCCUUUGGGAUCACAAACACAGGGAUUACACGAUAAUGUCAGAUGAAGACAUUCCUCUCAAAACAUCUCUUUUGAGGUCUCUGAAGACAGGCCCAGACAAAAUUUUAACUUCAAAAGGAACCAAGAAAACUACAAGUGGCAAAGAGCUGAAAGGUCCAUCAUUUGUCAGCAAACCAGAAACAGUCUUAUUUAAGGAUUUUGACCUUGAAAGGACAUAUAAGAGAAAAGUAGUACUUACAAACAUCUCUAAUGUCACAAAUUACUGCAGACUUGUGGGAGUUUCACAAAACCUCGUGGAUUUCAUAUCAGUAAGUUUUGAGCCUCCUGGACCAAUGUCAGCAGGCAUGUCAUGUGAACUAGAGACUGUUUUCAAACCUUUGCUGAAUGAAGAUUUGGAUGGUGAGAUCCAAUUUCAGUCGUCUACUGGCCCCUUUUUUGUCCCAAUCAAGUGUAGAACAAAAAAAUGUGAGAUGGUUGUUGAUAGCAGCCUCAUUGACUUUGGCACGCAUGUGGUCGGGGAGACAAUUUCACGGGUAAUCACCCUGACCAACAUGGGGGCACUGGGUACUCGCUAUUCACUGGCUCCCCUCUUCACAAACUGCCUUCAGUUGCACAAUCCAUUGCAGCAUUCCACUCCUAGCGAACAGGAACCUGGUGACAACAGCAGUGUGGAAGGUGCUGCUUUAUGUCUUGAUGAAACAAUUCAACCAGAGAGAGAAAACACUAACUGCAUUACUCAAAUGGAAUUGAAAUCAGGUACAUCCCAAACCAGCUGUGACACACCUGUAGGUGUUGAGGCUUCAGGAGCUAAUGGUUUGGAGGAGAGGGUGGUUACAGAGGUUGAGCAGGACCAUGACUCUGAGAUCACUGAAAUCAGCAUUGGUAAAGUGCUUGAGGGUGAGGUGGGCCCAUUUGCUAGCAUCAAACUGCCCAUAGUUUUCACACCGACCAUCCCAGGAGAAAAUAAGCUAGAUAUUAAGAUCAGCUUUUCACAACCCAACUGUGAAGCGAUUGUGGUGUCGUCAUACGGAGUGGCUGAGAGUGCUCCUGUGUGGGUGACCAAGCCAAGCAUGGACCUAAAGAUCUGCAUGUAUGAUCGCCUUUACCAAGACUGCAUUGAAGUGCAAAGCAGAGCCAGCACAGCACUCAGAUUGACAUUCGAAGUGUAUAAGGAGCUGAAGAACCUGAAAGUUGAAAGGUUAUGCCAGUUAAGAGCCAGCACAGCACUCAAAUUGACAUUCCAGGUGUGUAAGGAGCUGAAGAACCACAUGGACAUCCUGCCUAAAACUGGCUACGUCCAGGCAAAGUCCAGCUUUCAUGCCCAGCUCAAAUUCCUGCCCAGAUGUAGCCUGCCAGAGGACGCCAAGUCCUUCUUUGACCAGGACACGGGAGUCCUGGAGGUACCUCUGAAUAUACAGGUGGCUGAUCAGGUAAAGCCUGUUCCCUUCACUGUGCACGCGGUUGUGACCAUCUCUGAUUUGAAGUUUGACCACACCGAGGUGGAGUUUGGGCACUGCACCGUUUUCGAGUCUGUUCAGACCACUGUGCAUCUCACCAACCUCUCUUUAUUGCCACAGAACUUUGGUUUUGUGGGCAUUCCUAAGUUCAUUGAUGUCCAGCCUAAUGAUGGUUUUGGGACGCUGCUCCCACUACAGACACUGGAAAUUGACCUGAUCUUCAAUGCUUCAAAAGCAGGCGAAUACAACUUUCAACUCACCUGCAAGUCAGGAAUUAACAGAGUCUUUCAAUUACCGUGCCGUGCGAUUGGUGUGCGCCCGGUGCUGGAGCUCUCUAAUUCACUGGUGCAGUUUGGAGCCACAGCAGUAGGAGAUCGGUCCACAGCAGUGCUGUAUGUGCUGAACUCCCACACUAGCCUCAAUGAUUUUACACGCCCCAUGCCACGCAUUGGCAAGGGCCCCGUCUCUCCUGUGGGUGCCAGAUUCUUCACAUUCAUUCCUCCAGAAAAUUCUGAAAUUACAGUGACACCCACUUCAGGACGUGUGCUGCCUGGACAGAGGUGUCUGGUCCAAGUUACGUUCAACCCAUUGCUGUCUGAUGAUGUCAUCAAGGCAGAGGCUGUUCAGCUGCUGUCGCAGAAAGACGACUUACAGAACAAAAAUGAGAUACAGGAGGAACCAAAGAAAGGGAAGAAGCCUCCCCUAAAUCAUAACUCAAGCAAGCUGAAGGAGAAGACCAGAGAAGUGUCUCUGACGCCCAAAAGUGAAAGUCCUUUGCAGGCCUUGAACCCAGAGGACAUACAGAAGGACUCACAUGAGUAUAGAGCAGCGAAGGCCUCUCUACUCCGCACUUACAAAGAGAGAUGCAGCCGUUAUGUCAUCCCAUGCUUUGUGUCCAGUGGAGACAUUACACACAAAAAGGAGACGAAGGAACCCUUAUACAGCCCAUAUAACACACUGUACCUGGAGCUGCAUUGCGAAGCUGUUCGACCCAUGCUGAUGGUCAUCUCUGACAAUGGUGAAACCACCAUCAACUUCAACCAGGUGGCAGUAGGUCAGAAGGUUUUGAGAAAGGUGACAGUCCAGAACAUUUGUUCAGAGUUUGUGAAGCUGAAGUCUUCACUGCUGGACUUAAAUGGACCAUUCACUGUGUUGAAUGCGAUGCGAGGAGUCAGGCCUGGAGAGACACACACACUCUUGCUGGCUUUUAAACCAGCUUUGGGUAAAAAGUAUCGUGAAAUACUGGAAGUGAGUUGCAGUAAAAUGACUCUGGAGUUCACGCUGUGUGGAGAGGGCAUUAAACCUCUCGUCACCUGUGCACAUGAGGGACAAAUCCUGGACUUCGGAUACGUGCUGGAGAAACAGAGCACUAGCCAAGUACUUACGCUUCAGAAUUCUUCCACUCUGCUUGUACAGUUCAAAGUGUUGUUGGACAGCCUCAGCCUCUCCAAACACAGUGACACACGCUUACUUCCAGCAUUCCUCACCAAGUAUUCCACACCAUCCAUAACUUUAGGUACUCAGAAUUACAGCGGUCAGAGUGUGUUCAGUGUGUCACCCACAGAGGGCACUAUUGCCCCCGGUAAAACUCAAGACAUCACUGUGAUGUUCCAGCCUGAUCAUGAGGGUCUACUUUACCUAGAUGCACUCCAUGUUCAACUUAUGAACCACCAAACAGUGUGUGACCUGGAGUUAUGGGGUGCAGCAAAGUGCUACAACAUGUUUGUGUGUGGUGGUGAUCCAUUAGACCUGUGCUCUGAAUCACUCAUCCAUCCAAACAUAUACAGUGCAGGCAAAACAGCAAACACAGAGAAGGAAAAGCUGCCUACACCUCUGUUGUUGACUCUGAGGAGUGUGUAUCGUGAGGGCCAGGUGUCAGCCGCAGUGAGGGAGUUAGAGGUGGGCUGCAUCCAUAGCUCACAACCACACAACAAGAAGAAUGGAGAGUUUUUAUGGGAGAAUGUAACUGGUCUUCAACAGCAUGGGUUCAGUGUGGACCCCACCAAAGGAAGCGUGGAUGCAGGUCACAGACGCACCAUCACAGUUGCUUGGACACCACCUGCUGGGCACACACCCAACAAGGUGGUACAGAUGUGUGUUCCGCUGAUUUUAAGAGGAGACGAGACUGAAGUGUACAGCGUCACUCUCCUGGCCUACACGUCCCACCAUACACAUUCUGAAUUCUAAAUAGGACUUCAGCCAAAUAUAAAUUAGAAACCUUCAUUGUUUUAAAUCAUAUAUUGUUAUUUAUUGUUAUUGUUAUAUAUCAUUAAAAAUAACCUUUAUAAGCUG